AUGGAGGACCAGAUGACGGGGCACAACAAGGAGAGGCGUUAUGAGUGCGACGUGUGUGGCAAGGCCUGCCGGAGCCCGAGCGAGCUGGAGACCCACCGGCGGGUGCACACGGGAGAACGGCCCUUUGCCUGCUCGGACUGCAGCAAGAGUUUCAAGACGGCGAGUGACCUGGAGACCCACCGGCGGGUGCACACGGGCGAGAAGCCCCAUGGCUGCUCCACCUGCGGCAAGAGCUUUGCCUUGUUGUCGGGGCUGCGGGCUCACGGGCCGGUGCACAGCAGUGAACGGCCCUUCACCUGCUCCGACUGCGGCAAAGGCUUCAAGUCGUCCAAGGAACUGAAGGUGCACGGGCACGUGCACACCAGCGAGCGCCCCUACACCUGUAGCGACUGCGGCAAGGGCUUCACCCAGUACAGCGGCCUGCAAAAUCACCAGCGCACCCACACCGGCGAGCGCCCCUACACCUGCGCCCAGUGCGGCAAGGGCUUCACCACCUCCACCAGGCUGCUGAUACACCAGCGCACCCACACCGGCGAGCGCCCCUACACCUGCGCCCAGUGCGGCAAGGGCUUCACCCAGUCCAGCAGCCUGCUGGUUCACCAGCGCAGCAUCCACACCGGCGAGCGCCCCUACACCUGCGCCCAGUGCGGCAAGGGCUUCACCAACUCCACCAGGCUGCUGAUACACCAGCGCAUUCACACCGGUGAACGCCCAUACACCUGCGCCCAGUGCGGCAAGGGCUUCACCCAGUCCAACAGCCUGCUGGUUCACCAGCGCAGCACCCACACCGGCGAGCGCCCCUUCACCUGUGCCCAGUGCGGCAAGGGCUUCACCAACUCCAGCAGCCUGCUGGUUCACCAGCGCAGCACCCACACCGGCGAGCGCCCCUACACCUGCGCCCAGUGCGGCAAGGGCUUCACCAACUCCACCACGCUGCUGAUACACCAGCGCAUCCACACCGGCGAGCGCCCCUACACCUGCGCCCAGUGCGGCAAGGGCUUCACCCAGUCCUCCAACCUGCAGAAUCACCAGCGCACCCACACUGGCGAGCACCCUUACACCUGUGCCCAGUGCGGCAAGGGCUUCACCAACUCCGGCCACCUGCUGGGCUUCACCAACUCUGGCGCCCUGCUGGUUCACCAGCGCACCCACACCGGUGAGCGCCCCUACACCUGCACCCAGUGCAACAAGGGCUUCACCAACUCUGGCGCCCUGCUGGUUCACCAGCGCACCCACACCGGCGAGCGCCCCUACACCUGCGCCCAGUGCGGCAAGGGCUUCACCACCUCCACCAGGCUGCUGAUACACCAGCGCAUCCACACCGGUGAGCGCCCAUACACCUGUGCCCAGUGCGGCAAGGGCUUCACCCAGUCCAACAGCCUGGUGAAGCACCAGCUCACCCACACCGGCGAGCACCCCUACACCUGCGCCCAGUGCGGCAAGGGCUUCACCUGCUGCACCACGCUGCUGGUGCACCAGCGCACACACACCGGCGAACGCCCCUACACCUGUGCCCAGUGCGGCAAGGGCUUCACCCAGUCUACUCACCUACUGCUUCACCAGCGCACCCACACCGGCGAGCGCCCCUACACCUGCGCCCAGUGCGGCAAGGGCUUCACCCAGUCCUCCAUCCUGCUGAAGCACCAGCGCACCCACACCGGCGAGCGCCCCUACACCUGCGCCCAGUGCGGCAAGGGCUUCACCCAGUCUACUCACCUGCUGGUUCACCAGCGCACCCACACCGGCGAGCGCCCCUACACCUGCGCCCAGUGCAACAAGGGCUUCACCCAGUCCAGCAGCCUGCAGAAGCACCAGCGCACACACACCGGCGAACGCCCUUACACCUGCGCCCAGUGCGGCAAGGGCUUCACCAAUUCCAGCAGCCUGCAGAAGCACCAGCGCACCCACACCGGCGAGCGCCCCUACACCUGCGCCCAGUGCGGCAAGGGCUUCACCAAGCCCAGCAACCUGCAGAAUCACCAGCGCACACACACCGGUGAGCGCCCCUACACCUGCGCCCAGUGCGGCAAGGGCUUCACCCAGUCCGCCAACCUGCUGCUUCACCAGCGCACCCACACCGGUGAGCACCCCUACACCUGCGCCCAGUGCGGCAAGGGCUUCACCCGCUCCAGCAGCCUGCAGAGGCACCAACACACCCACACCGGCUAGCGCCCCUACACCUGUGCCUAGUGCGGCAAGGGCUUCAUCUGCUCCACCAGGCUGCUGUCCCACCAGCGGGUUCACACCGGUGACAGUCCCGUCCCCAGCCCGGUGUGUGGAGAGAGCUCUGCCAUGGACUCCCACGCCCUGUCUCACCAACACGUGCACACCAGUGGCCAGCCCUACGACUGCCCGUACUGCGGUGAGGUGUUUGACAGCUCGCGGGGGUUACGGCAUCACCGGCGGGCCCACAUCGGCGAGCAGCUGAUCCCACUGUGACAAGAGAGCACGGGGGCUGCGGGAGCACCAGCGGAUACACACCGGAGAGAGACCCUUAGUGUGCGCUGAGUGUGGCAUGGGUUUCACUCGCAUGUCCAGCCUGUG